AUGGACCAAUGGCGAACGCCUGGAGGUUACCGGAACCUUCAAGACUUUGAGGCGAGGCAGCCAUCAAGUCUAGAAAAGGGAGAAACGGGCUGUCGGACUGGAAGCACCACCGAAACACACGCGUUCACCGCGGGCCGCAUGAGCGUUCAUACCUUCCCGACGAGUUGGGAGCCUAAGUUUCCCACAGUUUUGGAGGCGCAACGCCAAGAUUAUGAGUACUGCUUGCAACAGUUGCGACAGAUGGAGUAUGGAGCCUAUUUGAUCAACGUACUUCAUGCGGAGCAGAGAGCACGUUGUGCGCAUGCGGCGCUCUUCGCGUUCAACCUGCAGCUCGCUCGAAUCAAAGACUCUGUUUCUAACGAGGACAUGGGAAGACUCCGUCUAUCUUUCUUCCGCAAUGCCGUGCACGGAAUAUACGAUGGAAGCAGUGCGGAGACUGGUGUUCGUACCUCGAUCUCCAGUCCGACGCUGCGUGCUCUAUGCGAAACGAUUCAACGUUUCGCGCUCCCUGUAGAGCCUUUUGAAGCACUAUUUGCAGCAAGGGAGCAGGAUCUAAAGUAUCCGCAGCCGCAUACAAUCCAAGAUCUGGUAGAAUACACCCAGGCUUCGCACGGGUCGUGUAUUGCGCUGCACGCGAGAAUCUUGCAUGCUGUCGGGGCCAACGGCGAGCCGCCCAAACGCGAAACAGCUCAGCUGCUGGAUCGAGUCGCUAUGGACGUAGGUACGGCGGCGGGUCUUGCAACGCUUCUGCGAGGCGCACCAUAUCACGCAGCUCGCUUGCAGACAUAUGUGCCUCGUGAUGUCAUGGAAGCUUGGAAGAUUUCCGCGAAGGAGUUGGUGAACCUCCAGGUCCAGUCCUCCGUGGAUCGGCGGGGUGCCUUCCAGUCGAUUGCACUUGUGGCAGAAGAAUAUUUGGAGCGCGCUCGCUCAGACAAAGAGACCUGGAAGCGGAUUCCCCGCUCGUGUCGAUUAGCGUUUCUACCAGCUGUUUUGGCGGCGGACUAUCUGCGCAAAUUACGUGCUUCGGGCUAUGACGCAUUCGAUCGCCGUUUGCAGCUUCCUAUGACUCCCGGAAUUCAGCUCAGACUACUCCUCAGCCGCCUCAUUGGCAGGCUGCUCUAA